AUGGCCGGCUUCAUCCAGAAAGGCACGAAGAGCAUCCUCCAAAAGAACCCCAACGAUAUCGUCUUCCUCUCUGCUCUCCGCACACCAGUCACACGAGCGAAGAAAGGCGGCUUCAAAGAUGCCCACGACCACGAACUGCUCGCCCACGUCCUCAAAGCAACAUUGGCUGCAAACACCAACCUCGAUCCUGCGAAGAUAGACGACGUUCAGAUUGGUACCGUCCUCUCCGAACUGGGUGGCUCAAAGGCAGGCCGCAUGGCAGCAUGCCACGUCUGCGUGCCCAUUACUACCAGUGUUCAAACUGUGAACAGGGCAUGUUCGUCAGGUCUUGCAGCGAUAACAGGAAUCGCCAACGCGAUCGCAGUAGGUCAGAUUGAUGUAGGCAUUGGAGGCGGCAUGGAGAGCAUGACGCGAAACUACGGCUCAAGAGCAAUUCCUACACAACUCUGGGAUGAACUACGGAAUAGCCCGGUGAAGGAUGCAAAGGAUUGUAUCAUGUCUAUGGGAAUCACGGCAGAGAAUGUGGCGGAGCGAUACGGUGUAUCUCGUGCAGAUCAGGAUGCCUUUGCGGCCUCGUCGCAUCUUAAAGCCGCGAAAGCACAGAAGGAGGGACUAUUCGAUAAGGAGAUCGUAGCUGUAACAACAAGGUGGCAUCCUAAUCCCGAGAACCCAGAGACGACGGAAGAGAUCACAGUGACGAAAGACGACGGAAUCAGACCCAACUCCUCCCCAGAAAGUCUCGCGAAGAUGAAGCCUGCCUUCAAGGAGACGGGCACAGCCACUGCGGGAAAUAGCUCACAAGUCUCUGAUGGCGCGGCUGCGACGCUCAUGAUGCGACGCAGUACUGCCACGGAACUAGGCCUCACCUCCAGCAUUAUCGGAAAGUGGGCAGGAACGCAAGUCAUUGGCUGCAAGCCUGAUGAGAUGGGGAUUGGGCCUGCUCUCGCAAUUCCAAAGUUGCUAGACUACACCGGCGUAGAUAAGAGCGAGAUUGGGAUUUGGGAGAUUAACGAGGCGUUCGCAAGUCAGGCGAUUCACUGUGUACGGACGUUGGGGAUUGAUGAGAGCAAAGUAAAUCCCAAGGGCGGAGCAAUCGCAUUGGGACAUCCUCUUGGUGCGACAGGAGCGAGGCAGCUCGCGACCUUACUACCGGAGCUGGAAAGACAAGGGCAGCAGUUGGGUGUGGUUAGCAUGUGUAUUGGAACGGGGAUGGGGAUGGCGAGUUUGAUCGUGAGGGAGUAG